AUGAAAAUUAUUCGUUUCUGGUUAAUUCAACUGUUCAAUUGUGGAUUUGAAGAAGUUAACUUUACUUUUGCUACAUUCAAUCAUCAAAUGAUUAAAUUACUUUUUAAAGACGACAAAACAAUUUCUACCAAAUUUCUAACUAAAAGGGCAAUGAUACAUGACCGUGUUCCUAGAUUAAGAACUAUUUUCAAAAACAACCUGACAAUUUUUGAAAGCCUUGAGAUACAAUUAAGUGGAUAUUUUGAGCAAUACGAUGUUUUAUUUCAUCUAUUUUUGACUGCUAGAAUUCCCUAUGUCUUUCUCAAUCAUCCUAGGCACGAUACUCUUUACAAGUUAAUUAUGAAUGUAAGUUUAACUUUUCGUUUAUUCCGACUCGUAUUUUGA